UCAUUGCUGAGGAGUUUACGGACGCGUCAGGGGCUGUCUCUCUCUCCCCCCAGUUAUCCCCCAGUUUACCUUCGGACGAGCCUGUAAUGGACUACUCCAGUUCUCCCAGCAACCUGGACGGAUUUUGAGAAACGUUUGCAUUUUUAGCUCCUUCCCCCCCCCACUUCAUAUUUUCCACAUUCAAGUCAGCAGGAUGGCUGAGAAGGAGCCCGAAUCGCCUGGAAAACUAAAGACAUUAUUAUAGCCAGAAUUGGCUUUUUCGGAAUAGGGGGCCUAUCCGAACAGACUAUUUCUUUUCACAACUUUUCCCUCUGUGGAUAAUGGAUGGCAGAGAUUUUGGACCUCCCCGAUCCGUUCAUUUACCACCUCCGUUGUUGGCGGGGCUCGCAAUGGAGUCUCACCGACUCGGAGCAGCAGCAGCAGCCGGGAGGAUCCCUCCCUCGCCCGGUCACUUAGGCGCGAGUCAUCCGCCGCCUCUCCACUCUGGAAAAUUCUUGCCAUCGGCCAUUAACCUACAUCCACACCACAGCGAUGGCUUCUCGGCCGGCUCCAGUCCCUUCCUCUCAGGUUAUUCGGGCCCCUCCCCCUUGACCUCUGACCCUGCGUACAGAUCGGCCAAUCCCAGCGGUCUGCAGAUGGCUCAGCUCUGGGCAUCACACGCUCAUGAAGGCAAACUGAAUCCAGCACAGGAAUGGCAGACUCCACCACUGACAAAUAAAACUACUAUAUUGAGAGGCUACCCUCCUCUGCCAAGCAGCCUGUACUCCAGCCCCUACCUGUCCCUGGGGCACCUGGAUCCUCCCUCGCUCUCCCAGCACCCUCUCUACGACUCACAUAAAGAGGGCUUUUACCUGCCAGCCUCCCUGAGCCAGUUGCCUCUCCACCCUCCAUCUGCUCCCCCAGCCGCCCCGUCCAGCUCCACACCCCCACAGAGGACGUCCCGGGAUGGGGGUAGGGAGCGGCAUUACCGUGCAGAGAGGGAGAGAGAGCGGUCGAGAGAGGAGCAGAGGCCUCACAGCGUGGUAGAUCUGACACAGGACGGGAGGAGUGAGGAGGAGCGCAGGGCAAGGAGCGGCGACCGGGAACGGGAGAAAGAAAGGGACCGGGACACGGAAAGAGAUAUUUGGUCCUUCCAUCCUCACCACCACCACCAUCACCACCACCAGCAGCAGAAGUCACACUCCCAGCCUUCCACAGCGGAGCCCAGACCCAGGCCGUCGCCUCCACGGCCUUCCUUCCCUUCAGGGAGUGGUGGUAGUGGGGGCAGGUUUCAUGGACCAGAAACAGACAGAGGGGGUCGGGAUGAAGAGGGAGGCUCUCGACCCCACCACAACCAUAACUCUAACGCUAACUCGAAUAACUCAAACUCUCACUCAGACAGACAAAGGAGGAAUGACUCUGUGGCUGCGUCAGCUGGGACCCUCCACAUCUCGUACGCCCAUCCUCCUGCGCUGCAGCCCUCCGCUCCCGCCCCGCCCCACACCUCCACACCCAGAGAGUCUAGCAGAGAGCAGCGAGUCAGUGCGCCGACAUAUGUGCCUUCUGUGGAGGUUUACGACGAGCGGACCGGGCCCAUCCAAAUCGCCUCACAGGCCCGCGACAAACACGGUGAAAAACACAGAGAAAGAGAAAGAGACAGAGACAGAGACAGAGAAAGGGAACGAGAAAGAGACAGAGAGCGAGAGCGGGACAGAAACAGAGAGAGGGAGAGCUACAGGUUUCCUGAGAGGAGCCUGAUGGAGCAUCCACGACUCUCCCAGUCUGGCGAUUCAAACAAUCAAAGAGAAGAAGGUUCUGUCAUUUGUUCCAAUGGUUCCAUUGGUAAACGAGGACAGGACCCUUCUUACUCCUCUAGUCAAUCAAGGUUCAGCCCGGAAACCAGGGACAUCCCUAAACACUCACUUCGAUUGGGUAUAGAACGGGCAGGGGCGGAGCCUAAGUGGAAUACUAUCAGCCCAUUAGCCAACUAUGCCACAAGUCACAUGGCUGCUCUGGCAGCUCAACACGGACACACACUCUCCUCUCCCCACAGCCAGCAGACACACACACAAAUGUCCCAUUCCCCUCACACAACCCACCGGUCCAGCAACAACCCGCACUCCGCCCACAGCCAUUCCCCCCAGACACACCCCUCCCAACACGGACACGGGCAUGCAGGUGAGGAGGGGAGUCAGAGACGCUACCUGGACCCAUCAGCGCUCUACCGACCUGGGGGGUCACUGGCAGGAGGGUCCAGUGGUGGGGAGCGAGGCGGUGGAGCGUGUUCGGAUCCCACAGAGGUUUCAGCCAUGCAGAGUCUGAUCAAAUACAGUGGAAACUUUGCUGCUGAGGGCCCUGGGUCCUCCAGGCACGCCGCUGAUGGACGAGGGCCCUUUGGGGGUCUGGGUAACAUUGUGUCCGAAGCUGAGAGGGAAAAAGAGAGAGAGCGGGAAAGAGAAAGGGAAAAAGACAGAGACAGGGAGAGGGAGAGAGAGAGGGAAAGGGUAUCGGUUGGACCGGGUGCUUCAGGGGCCUUGAGAAUGCCUCCCCAGCUGAAGAGGGAGCAGGAGCGGCCAGACAGCGCCCGCUCGUUUGGCCGGGAGGGGGAGGGGGAGGUCCGCCACCCCCCAGUCGGCAUUGCUGUCGCCGUGGCCCGGCAGAGAGACAGUGGGAGCGCCAGUAAACAGCCCAGUGGACCUUCAGACACACAGAGAACCCUGCUGCAAACUGCUAUUAAAGAUGAGGAGCGAGCAGAGGAGCGUGCUCGCCACCAUGAGGACAGACUGCUGGCCAGCCGGCUGGAGCGCGAGCAGGAUAAAGCGCUCAGAGAGCCCAAAGAGCUGACAGACUUUACUCAGAUGCACCCUGCCCCCCUGUCUAGCGGCCUGACACCCAGUAUGAUGACACCCAGCCUCAUGACCCCCAACCUUAUGGUGACAGGAGGGGCUGCCCUGGCAGGAGCAGGGAGAUGGCCUCCCGACCCCUCAACUCUGACCUCUCACCCCUGGAUGCCCAGGCCUGGAGCCCCCCCAGUCUGGCUCUCCAGCUCACCAUACAGCCUGGGUCCUUCCUCACUCCACCAGUCCCUCCCCCCAGGCUACCCACCCUCUCUGCAAGGCUCCAUGCCCCCUCCCUACCAGUUUGCCAGGGACCCACAGUCUGGACAGCUACUAGUCAUCCCCACUGAACACCUGCAACACUACGGAGGUGAGGUACUGGAGCGAGGAGGCCCGGUGUGGUCAGGUGUAUACGGUACAGGCAGCUCGCUGCAGCACGCAGCCCAGCUCCAGCUCCUCUCCCAGCAGCAGAUGCUCCGGCAACAGGAGCUACUCAUGAUCCAGCAGCACACAGCACAGGUCCUGGAGCUGCAGAGGAACGCACAGCUAGUGGAGCGUUUAAAGGCCAGUGAGCAUCGGCCAGAGAUGGAAGAAAAAGCAGACAAGCGGAACACAGACUCCAAACCCCGCCCCUCCUCUAUAUCUUCCCCAUCUCCGUCACCCAUCCUGCACCCCCGCAAACCUCCCCCUCACUCUCGCUCUCCAACCCCGUCUACCUCCUCCCUCACCCCGCUGCCUCCGCUGCCCUCACCGGUGACCACCCUCAAGUCAGAGGAUGGUGGGCAGAGAGUGUUGUCUCACCCACCGACACCCCUGCCUCAUCCGCCGUCCCCCCGGUCGGCUUCCCCGCCCCCAUCCUCGCCACGGCGGCCUAAACAGGAGGCAGCUGAAGAGGGGGAGGUGGGACGGAGGGAGCAGAGAUCGGGACAGAAACCAGCCUCUGCACCCUUUCAAGGCAUCUACUCUGAUCUCCCUCCGGGUUACCCUUACCAGUCCAUCACUGCCCCAUUUGGCUCACCUUUCCCCUCAUAUCGCAUCCCAGCACCCACAGGGGCAAACACAGAAGUUGUCCCCCCCCGCCGCUCCCAUUCUCCUGCCUCUGCUGCCCCUGUGCCCUCAGCCCACCGGCACCUCCUGGAAGCAGACAUCAAGCCACAGAAACUAGAGUCGUCAAAGACAGGCUCUUUUCUCAAGCAGGAACCCGGUGUGGAACAGCCUCAGCAUAACAUGACGCCAGAACCUCUGGGUCCCCUUCGCCGGAGCUGCACCCCUGUGCUAGUUAGCCAGGACAGAGAGGGAGACAGGGAAACCUCGAAGCCCAAGCCUCAACCACUACCUCUUCAUGUCUCCAGCCCUCCACCGCAACAAAGCGAAAGGCUGGAAGAAAUCAGGGGGGAAGAGAAGAAAGGAGGGCAAAUCAAAAUGGAGGUGUCAACCUUCUCCUGUCAGGCUGCAUAUCCCCUGCCUCCUUCACUCACAGAAGCCGAGCCUAAAACGGAGGUCAUCAAGGAUCCAGAGCGAUAUUCAUCGGUCAUCACUGCAGAUCCAGACCGGCAGGAAUCAGCUCAGAUGUGUACGUCACUAGAGCAAAUCACCAGCGCUGUGUGUGAACAAGAACAGCUAGAUGCUCCCUCGCUCACUUCCAGUCAGAAAGAAAGUGUCACAGAAACUCCCGUUUAUCCUCCUCCCACCUCCAACUCGCCGCUACCGCUGGUCAUCGGUCCCGAGGAUCCCAUGGCGGGGAUGCUCGCUCUACUUGCAGCCAGUGAGAUAGCCCAGGCUCGGCCGUGCACCCCACCCGCCCCAACGCUCAUACCACAGACAGAAAACCCUCCCGUGGGCGCAGACUGCAGCAGCGCUGGUGCUCUGGAGAUGGUGGCACUGGAGGGGAUGGCCCUGCUUAGCCAAAUGGCUCAGCAGGAGAUGGAGCACAUCAGCCUGGAGCAAGAUCUGACAUUAGAGGGUCUAGACUGUCUUCUUGAAGCAAGCAGACAGAUUUUGUUGGAGGCCAUCGAGAAACAGUCCCACAUUGAUCUGCCCAGAACGCUGGACCCCGACAAGAAGUACAGCUGGAGGCAGAGGAAGGAGGAGCCGCUGUACAGUAAAAUGUCUGUGGACGUGCUUGAUGCAGUGGAAGUGGAAUACCGUGUUCGCCUGGCUGAGCUGCAGAAAACGUACAAGGAGAAGCAGAGAGAUUUGAGCAAGCUGCAGAGACGCCGAGACAAGCGUGAGCGGCAGCAGCAGGAGGAUGAGAGGCGGAGUCUGACCAGACGGGGCAGAGGGCGACCCAGGAAGAGGAAACACUUGACUACACCUCCCAAACUGGACAGCAGGCCUGGAAAGGUGGGUAGGACAGUGCAAUACUCUGAGGACUCUGAAGCUGGGGAUGGACAGAGGAAGAGGUUCAGGGUGUCCAGAGAAGACGACGAGACUGAGGCAGGAAGUGGAGGAGUGAAGGUGAAAAAGAAGAAAAAAAAGAAGAAGAGCUGGAAUGACCAGGAGCCAUCUACCAGUCAUGCUCUGGAGGUGUUGAAGGCGAAGCGUGGCCACGUUUGUGAGCAGGAGCAGCUGGCGUCGGACCUCGACAGAGCGCUUUCGCUUUCGCAGCUCAGCUCACUCGGGGCAUCUCGCAAACUUGCCUCUAACUCUAAAUUGGACAAAUCAAAGGCCAAUUCUGGGGAUGGUAGGAUGAAGGAGCGCGGCAUCCACUCAUCUGCCAAAGGAGGCAAGCACAAGAUGGCUGCCAAGACUUCUGCUUCGGAGACCGUCCGGAAGGUGAAAGGUCAGAAGAAGACUGCUUUGUUUUCUCCCAUGAGAUCAGAGCUCAGCAGCUGCUCCAACAACUCAGAUUCAGAGGAGCACAAUUCUGCUCGAGGGGGCUGGCCCCCUCUCUCAGGGACGCGUUCCCAUGGCAACUUGACCAGGAAGAGACGGUCCGCAUCGUCGCCGACAUCCCUGCUGUCCAGUCAGAAGUCUCAGAAGAAGAAACACAAGCACUUAUCCCUGCUGCUGGAGGAAGCAGGCCUCAGCUCCUCUGAUGACUCCUUCGACCAAGGAACCUCCGAGGAGGAUGACGACAACAACGAGGAUGAGUCCGAUUCGGACGAUGAUGGCGGCUGUGAAGAAAGCGGGCUGGGUCUGUUGGCCAGGUUCGCGGCAAGCGCGCUCCCUGUCAGCUCCACCCCAUUGAGCCUUCUCCAUGAUGGCAAACACCGCAGCAGGCAAAGCACUCUGGGGUCGUCAGAGUGCGAGUGGUCUGACUCUGGCUCGGACCUGCGGCUAAGGAAGUUCCCCUCUCUGCUGCACGGCAAACGCUCUGCCCCAGAGCUCCCCCUGUUGCCCCCGGUAACCCGCCGCAUCGACCAGACCAGCCCCACCAAGAGAGAUGAAGCGCUGCCCAUGAAGCGCAAGCCCCUGCCCAAACCUCGCCCCUCGCCCCGGUCCCCGCGGCGAUUCAGCUUCGACCUCCCUCCCAGCUCUGGCGUUGGAGGCUUCAGUGAGGACGAGGGCUGGACCCGACGACGCAGCGAGAGAAUUUUCCUCCACGAUGCGACCAUGUCAGCCAGUCAAAUGUCUGUGCCAGCCUCUGCUUCCUCCAGUCAGAGCUCUUCCUCCAGCUCAGCCCCACCUCUCACCCCGAAGCCGGCCUCCAGACCCAAACCUGCUCCGCCCGGCAGAGAGGGGAAAGAUGUGGUGAAAAAAAAGAAACUGAAGGACUCUCCUCUGCCCGUGAGCCCGUCCACCCUGUGCAGUCCAAUCACAGACAGCCCUGUGCCUCUGAGCCUCAGCCCGUCACGCAAGAGCCAAUCAAAAGCCAAGACCAAGGCCAGGGAGCCUUCCAGGGGAGCGGUGAGCCGGCUAAUGGAGAGCAUGGCGGCAGACGAAGACUUCGAGCCCAACCAGGACAGCAGCUUCAGCGAAGACGAGCUCCUCCCACCGCGCAGCAGCAGCGUAUCAGAGAGGUCCUCCACACCUGCUCCUGUGCAGUGUGUCCUGGAUAAGGAUUCUCUGGUGGAUGGACUCAGAGUUUUGAUCCCGAUGGACGACCAGCUACUGUACGCAGGCCACGUGAACACUGUACACUCCCCUGACAUAUACAGUGUGGUGGUGGAAGGGGAGAGAGGGAACCGACCACACAUCUACUGUUUGGAACAACUGCUGCAGGAGGCUAUCAUCGAUGUGAAGCCUCCAUCAGUGCGCUACCUCCCAGAGGGCACCCGCAUCGCUGCAUACUGGAGCCAGCAGUACCGCUGCCUGUACCCUGGCACUGUUGUAAACGGAAGUUCAGAUAUUGACGAGAAUGAUGAUCUCAUCACGGUGGAGUUUGACGAUGGCGACACAGGCCGCAUCCCCCUCUCCCACAUCAGACUGCUGCCGCCAGACUACAAGAUUCACUGCGCUGAGCCGUCCCCUGCUCUGCUCGUGGCCAGCUGCUCCAGGAGGCGAGUCCGCAAAUGCAGCAAAGAGGCCGGUACAAAGCCAGAGGAAACAACUCCUAAGAUCAAAGGAAAACCUGGUCGCAAACCCAAACCCAAACCAGAGCCCUCCAUGACCCCAGAUGGCCGGGAGAAAGCUGAUCCUCCAUCGUCCUCCAACCAGCCAGCAGAAAGACAACAGGCUCCAGCCAAGCCUUCCAUGGACAGGACUUCCUCUGUCCAGAAGGCAGCUCAGGAGAAGCCUCGGCCUGCAUCCCGGCCGACAAUGGGAAGUCAGACAAAACCGGCCCGCAAGAGCUCCACCACGUCCCCCGCAAGCAGCCCUACCAUCCCCAACCCAGUACCUAGGAAGUCCAGCUCAGCCCAGCCUCCUCCUCCUAAACCCUCCCGCCCUCUCCCUCCCUCCCUCUACCCCUCCACCUACGGGAAGGUCCUGACUGUGGAUCUGUACAGCGAGCCCAACCUCAGCUCGUACAACAGCCAGCGCAGAGAGAGAGAGAAUACCAGCAGUGUCAGUCCCACCACCAACAGACCCAUGUCCAGACCCAGUAUGACAACAUCAUCUACUGCAUCCAAGCAAAGUGCUUCAUCCACGCCCAGACCCACUUCUGUUUCCACACCCAAAACCAAACCCUCCUCUGACCAUCACAGCGGCUCCAGAACCAGCCUCAGCACUGGACUCAUACCCAGUCCCAUCUCCAGGCUGUCAACAGGCAAACCCGGGUCUUCACUAACUCCCAGAUCUUCAUCAUCUUCAUUGUCAUCGUCAUCUGUCCCCAGACCUAAACUGAAGUUGCCGUCCGAUCAGCUGUCCUCCAACUCAAGACCCAGCCCCAUCUCCAGACCCAAGACCAGCUCAGGGCAGAGUGAUGUGGGCUCGGUGGUGAGGCGCAAGCCCGUGUCUGCAGAGCCCCUUGUGAAGCUUGACCACGAAGGUGUCACCUCCCCCAAGACAAAGAAGACCAAGGCUCUGAUGUUGCUAGAGGGUCGGGGUGUCAGACGAGAUCACACCCCCAUCACCACGGCGACAGCCAAUCAGAAACCGCUAAAGGCUAAACCGAGACCUCCAGAUAGAGAGACUGGCCCACCAGAGAAAGACUCCACCUACAAAGCACCGAUGCUGGCUAAGGAGAAGGCAGAGAGUCGUGGAAGUGCUGGCAGAGUACAGGAGAUGGACCAAAGAGAGGAGAAGGGAAAAAAAGAGGAGAGAAAGGAGGUGGAGAAAAGAAAGGAGAGAAAGAUGAAAGAGGAAUCUCAGAGUAGCAGCAGCUCAGAGUCCGAGGAAGAAGGGGAGAAAGGGAAGGUGAAGAAAAAGAAGAAAUGCACCUCAAGUUGCUCUUCCUCCUCAUCGUCCUGCUCUGGUUCCUCCUCAUCUUCGUCAUCGUCGUCCUCUUCCUCAUCCUCUUCGUCCACUGAUGACUCCUCCUGCAGCUCAGAUGAAGAGAGGACCCCUACGCCUCCGCCAGGUCCCGUCUCCACGCCUCCAGUACAGGACAAACCGAAAGAAGAAACAAAAGAGGAAGAAGAGGAGGAGGAGGAGGGGGAGGAGGAGGAGGAAGAAGAAGAAGACGAAGAAGAAGAAAAAGCAGUGAAAAAGGAGGUGGAUGUAAAAGUGGAGGAAGAAGAGCUGUCUCCUCCCUCAGAAUCUCCAUCCCCGUCAACCUCCCCGACUCCUGCGGCUCCUGCUAAACCUGCUAAACCAGCCACCGGGAAGGGCUCCGGGCAAAGGGGUCGUCCCCCAAAACCAAAGCCCAGCGGAGGCGAAGGGAAAGUGGGGAGACCAAAACGGAGAGAGGGGGUCCACCUCCCCACAACCAAGGAGCUGGCUAAACGUCAAAGGCUUCCCAGUGUGGAGAACAGACCCAAAAUUUCUGCUUUCCUUCCAGCCAGACAACUUUGGAAGUGGUUUGGGAAACCCACUCAGAGACGCGGUAUGAAGGGCAAGGCUAAAAAGCUCUUCUAUAAGGCUAUUGUCCGAGGCCGAGAGAUGAUCCGCAUCGGUGACUGUGCUGUGUUCCUGUCCGCCGGGCGGCCUAACCUGCCCUUCAUUGGCCGCAUCCAGAGCAUGUGGGAGUCAUGGGGCAGCAACAUGGUGGUUAGGGUCAACUGGUUCUAUCAUCCAGAAGAGACUAACCCCGGAAAGAAACUCACUGACAAGAAGAACUGGGAUCAGAUGUGUGGUCAGUCUUUGCCAGCAGCUUUACACUCUUCCAUCCAAAGGAAAGACUUCAUGGAGCGCGCCCUCUACCAGUCAUCUCACAGCGACGAGAAUGACGUUCAGACGGUCAGCCACAAGUGCCUGGUGGUGAGCGUGGAGGAGUAUGAGCAGAUGACACACACGCGCCGCUACGCCGACAGUGAAGACCUCUACUACCUGGCCGGCACCUACGAGCCCACCACCGGCAUGAUCUUCAACACAGACGGAGUUCCAGUCAUCUGCUAGGCAGACGCAGAAACUCGCCGCGAGUUGCUGAAACCAAAUGACCCAACUUUGGACCUCACUAAAGGAGUCUAACCCAACCUGAGGUCUUUCCAAGUCUAAUCACUGACCUUCAUUCAUGAUGGAUCUUUCACAGCCGUGACUCAGUGGAUUCAACCGCUCUCUGAUACCAUGUACACUUCAAAUGGACUGUCAUGAACAGCUACUACUACAGAAACGGGAGACACUAUAGACAGUAUUAAAAGGAACAAGUCUCCUGGAACAUUUGCACACACAGACUCCAUCAACACAUACCGCUCCGCUCGUUG